AUGUCUAGUAUAAAUCUCGAUCCUGAUAGUGCAUACGGCCAGCAUCUAAAGGCACAAAUUGCAACCAAACUCAGGGGUCUUAAUCUGACAGAAGAUCCAGAGUAUGUUGCCGAGUUUUUGUUGGUUUUAAUCUCCAACAACAGAACUCCUGAUGAGAUCCUUCACGAAUUCCAAGCCUUGUUUGGUGAUGCUGUUGAUGCCAAUUUUAUAAGUGAGGUGUUGCAGGAAGUGAAACAACAAUCUCAGCAGCCCGAGCAACAGGAGCAGCAGCAACCCCAACCACAACAACAACAACAACUUUCACAGACCGCACAAUCGCUGGAACAAUCUCAACAGUCUCAGCAGCUUCAUGCCCGUCUUGACCCGCAACAGCCACAACAGAUUCAGCAGCAACUACCCCAGGCACCGUCCAGCUUUGGCGUACAAUCCACCUUCCAACCAUCGUCUUUCCUAUCUGGGCAACAAGGGCUUCCCUCCUCUGUACCAAAGCAGCCUAUUCAUCAGCAAGUUAGAUUUGAUGAAAGUGGUUCCACCCCUAUGGAAGAUAUCAGAAGUACACCUGUGAAUAACAAUACCAACGGCAGUGAUAUUAUAAGUGCAUUCAGUCGAGGUAACCAGAUGCCUCAUGGAAUUACCAAAGGUGGCAAUUUCAAGAGUAAGAAAUCCUUUGCUUUGAGAAACCAGCAAAAUUUCGAUAGUUUAAUGAGCAAGUCUCUGGGUGGCAGCGGCCCACAGACCACCCACUUUGUGCCUAGAAAGCCUUUGGGAAGAUGCAAACAUUUUCCAUAUUGCAAGGAUAGAAAUUGUCGUUUCGCACAUCCAACAAAGGUGUGCUUCGCGUAUCCAAACUGUCCAAACCCUCCGGGAACCUGUAACUAUCUACAUCCUGGAGAGGAUGAUGAAUUAAUGGCAGAGCUCGAGAAGGCCAAAGAGGAAAGAUUGGCACAUAAAAUUGAGAGGAACAACAAUAUGAUCCAGAAAGUGACGAAACAAGUGGAGCAGCGUUUACAGCAACAAACAAACGGUAUUGCACUCUGUAAAUUUGGAUCGGUUUGCCAGAGAGAUAUGUGUCCGUUUGGCCAUCCUACUCCCGCUAAUAAAGACGCCAAAGUGCUCAGUAUGGAGUGGUGUACGGAGAAUAAAAACUGCACAGAUUCAAAUUGUACCAAGGCACAUUCAUCUCCUAAUUACAAGCCAGUAGAGAGUGAAAAAAGUGGCUCUGCGGGUGGUGUUGAGAAAAAUCUUGAGCAAUGUAAAUUUGGAAAGCACUGCAAGAAUUUCAGAUGUCCCAAGAGACAUGCUACUACCACCGUACUGUGCAGACAGGGUGCCAACUGUACCAGAAUUGACUGCUAUUUUCAACAUCCAAUUGAUGAGGAGUGCAAAUUUGGUGUAAAUUGCAAGAAUUUUAACUGCCCUUUCAAGCAUCCAGAAGGCCGCCAGUUGGAGAGCGAUAACAAAAGUAUGGUUUGGGUGAAGCCUCAAGAACAGGACAAUGGUGAUUCUAAUACUGAGCAACGCCAGUUUGCCGUUCCUGAGGACCAAGUCAUGGAGUCAGCUCCCCCUCAAGAGGCUUAG